AUGGACGCCUUCAGCGCUGCCAAGGCCAAGAUGGGGGCGAAGAGCGGCGGCGAGGCGGCGGCGGCGGGAGUGGCCGCGCCUCAGCCCGUCGUGCCAGCCCCCAGCCCCGCCGGUCCCGGCUCGCCUGCCCCGCUCGAGCCCGCUGCCUACAAGCUGGAGGACCUGGAGACCUUGGCCACCGUGGGCACAGGUACCUUUGGACGUGUUCAUCUGGUGAAGGAAAAAAUGGCCAAGCGUUACUUUGCACUGAAAGUAAUGAGCAUUCCUGAUGUCAUACGACUGAAGCAAGAGCAACAUGUGCACAAUGAAAAGUCUGUCUUGAAAGAAGUCAACCACCCUUUUUUGAUCAGAUUAUUUUGGACCAACCACGAUGAACGUUUUUUAUAUAUGUUAAUGGAAUAUGUGCCAGGAGGAGAACUUUUUAGUUACCUGCGCAACAUGGGGCGUUUCAACAACAGCACAGGACUGUUUUACUCGACGGAAAUUAUUUGUGCAAUAGAAUACCUGCACUCCAAAGAAAUAGUUUACAGAGACUUAAAACCUGAAAAUAUAUUACUAGACAAAGAAGGACAUAUCAAGCUUACUGACUUUGGAUUUGCAAAAAAACUGGUGGACCGAACAUGGACUCUCUGUGGCACUCCUGAGUACCUUGCACCAGAAGUUAUACAAAGUAAAGGCCAUGGAAGAGCUGUGGAUUGGUGGGCCCUAGGAAUUCUUAUAUUUGAGAUGUUGUCAGGGUUUCCUCCAUUUUUUGAUGAUAAUCCAUUUGGUAUAUAUCAGAAGAUUCUUGCUGGCAAAAUAGAUUUCCCGAGGCAUUUGGAUUUAUAUGUAAAAGACCUUAUUAAGAAGCUACUUGUGGUUGACAGAACAAGACGACUAGGAAAUAUGAAGAAUGGAGCAGAUGAUGUGAAGAGACAUCGAUGGUUCAGGUCUAUAGAGUGGGAUGCUGUACCUCAAAGGAGACUAAAGCCUCCCAUAGUGCCCAAAGUAUCUAAUGAUGGAGAUACUUCCAACUUUGAAGCUUAUCCUGAGGAUGACUGGAACAAGACACCUCCAGUACCUCCUAAAGAUCUAGAAAUUUUCAAGAACUUCUGAGUUUAACAUCUGCACUGGACAAGAAACUGGAAGGAAAUUGAAGUACUGAGAGCAAGUCUGAAGAACGAUGGAGUUCAGAUAUAAAGGAAAAUUUUCUUUGUGGCUAAGAAUGAUACUGCAUUCAGAUAUGUGUAUUAGUAUAUAAUGUCAAAAAAUAUGGAGGCAGGAAUAAUUUUUUGCUGUAAACAUUUGACUUUAGUUUAGGAAAUUGUAAUAAUAAUGAUAGUCUGCUCUGAAGUAGACUAACUAAAAUUAUAUUUUUAGGAUUAUUUUUUUUAACUUAUGGUUGAAUUAAGUUUCCUGCUAUUCCCAGAUCCUUUUUGCAUAGUUAACUCAUAGACUUAAUUUUAUAAGUUUAUACUAAACUUGUGUAAUUAAAAGCACAAAUUAGUAUAUAUGUAUAUAAUGAACACAGUACAACUAAAGCACAGGAAUUGUGCAAAGAUGUAAAUUUUUGUACUUUGCAGAGUCUAUGAUUUUUAUUUUUCAAAUAAUGUUUUUCAAGAAGUUCUUUAGGAAUAAAAGUCUUAAAAAAGGAUAAAUGAGUUUUUCAUCAUCUUAUAUACAUUUUAUAAUUCUUUGUAAAAAACAAAAAUAAUUAAGUUUUAAAAAGAUUUGUACCUAAAAUUUCCAAUGCCUCACACUUACAACCAUAGUACUUGAAAGUAGAAAGACAAUGGCAUGUUUUAUUGUUGUUUAAGAUGCAUCUUAAUGCCUGAUUUAUAAAGUUCUGUUACAAUUAUGUCUUUGAAAACCAGAAUUUUGACUGAUUAUACACUGUCUGAAAUGAGAUUCCUCACAUGAAAACUCGCUGUAAACAUACAAGUCAGUCCAUCCUGAUAAAAGAGCUUUAACUGGCUCUGACAGGAGUUGUUCCCUUGCAAGUUUGUCUUCUCCAAAUGUAGAGCAUGAGCCAUAACAGACCUUUUUCAUUAGUGAAAUUGUUGUUGAAUGCCGAACGCUUCAGAAUAUCAGAGGGAAGACUGAAUAUAUAGUACAGCCUUAUUUUUCUGCUCCUCCUUUUUUGAAAAUGUCCUAGUCCCUGCUGCCAGCAAUUUCAUAUGUACAGAGUUCAAACCUUAGAUGCACAGUCUCUUUUUCCUCCUAUGCUAACAUCUUUCUAGCAGCUUGAGCACACUGUGUUUUGGAAGUAUUUGCAAUAUCGCUUCAUUUUAAGUAGCACUAAAUAUCAGUAUGUGCACAAUAUGUAUCUAUAUAUAUGAAUGCACAGAAACAUGAAGGUAGAUUGAAUAUUAGGCAGAAACUUUUUCUAGGGGCUUUUUUUCAUAUUACAUGUUGUGAUACUUUUGUUAAUAUAAGGGAGUUGAUUUUUGAAGUGCUUCAAUUACAAAAAGCAAUUACAUUCUUUAGGAGGUUGUGGGUUUGGAUAACUUCUAGUGAAAUUAUCAUAUUUAGACCAAAUUUGUUUUUUUCUCAGAGCACAUCUGCUCUCCGGAGUUCUACUUCUAUGACUUAUGGCUCUACAUAAUAUUGUUCAAUUAGACCAUACAGACAGUUUUUUCCCAAAAACUACUCUCCACAUUUUUGAUCUGAAAGCGAUAAGAAGUGUAGGUCGAAGAUUUGUUUUUCUAAACUAAAUCCUGAAUGCCUACAAAGUAGGCAUUCUAGUAAUUGCUACUGAAAUUACCAUAUAUUUCAUUUUAUGGCAGAUUAGUUACUGGAGUCUCCUCAUGGAAAAGUGAUAGCGGUUUUUUUGUUUGUUUAAACAAUACAGAAGUGCUAUUGAGAACCUGUAACUUCUAGGAUAGAUUAUUUCUUCAUAAAGCAAGUCUUACUUAAAUAGAUUGUAUAACUCUUUGCAAAAAUGCACAAUGUGUAACAAAAAUCAGGGUAUGUCAAAAUGAUAAUUCUGUAAUAUCACAAAGCUGUCUUGAUGAUACGCAAACAGAACAAUCCAUAGGAAAUUACAGUUACAAAGUAGUGUAAGUACCUUAAUCUCUUGGAAAAAUUAAUCUAGCCCACUAUAUUUAUAUCUGUGGAAUUAGUUAUUCUAAAUCAAUUGGAAACACUGAGACACAUAAAACACAGCUUACUUUGUGUAAUGGGGAGAAAAACAGCUUAGGAGUUUUCUUAAUGUGCAAGCUUAUGCUAUUUUAUGGACUCUGAAUACCACAACAUAAAUUUCUUAUUUGAAAAUUUACAUACUGAAACAAGAAAGUGUGCUAAAUAUAGGAUUUUUCUUCAAAUUUCAAAGCUGCUCUGUGUUUAAAUCUUCGGAUCUGGAAAAAAAAAAAAAAGUUGAAUUUGAGCAAUUUGCCACAGUGGCAGUUAGAAGUUUUGAAUGCUUGAACAAGAGAUAGUGGAUUUUCUUUUUAUGAAUCUUAUCCAUUGCUGGCAGUGGAUGCACUGACACUCAUUGUGAUGGAGACUAAGGAAGUGAAUGCAAUGUUACUAAUAAUGAUAAUCCAUUGAUUUUACAUUGUUUCCGAGCCAUGUGUACACACACCAAACUACUGACCUCGUCAACAUGCUUUCUAGUACAAAACCGCUUUCGAUUCUUUUUUAAUAAAAAUACUGAACUAAAAAAUAAAACCAAAACAUUUUUGAGACAUUAUUUUAAGUGAUCAGUUAUUUUCUCUAUAGUCCUGAACUUAAUGAGGUGUUAGUACCUGGUUUUAUUUAUUUGCACAAGUGAGUCUGCUUUAAGUCUUUACUGGGACUUCAUGGCCCACUGAUGUAGUUCUGAGUGCUCAUGCAGGUGAACACUGCACUAAGAAUUCUGGAUUUAUGGAUUUUUUUUUAAGAAGACUAGAAUAUUUUUUUUCAUUUCUGUUGAAGUAGGAUGUUCUCUGAAGUUCAUUUUAUUUUGAUUCCUUCUGUUAAUGUGUACUUUUACAUAUAGACUGUUGUCUUGCAAGAGAGCCCAUAGGCCUUUGGUAUUCUACAUCAGUGAAGCAAGAAUGUUAAACAUUAAAAAAACAACCUUUAUUUUUGAGUUUUAUAUAUAUAUAUUUUGAAUUGCCCAAUCUGAGGUUUUAAGUGAUAAACAUGAAUUGUAAACUCAAUGCCUUGUAACCAAAUGAUAUAAAUACUUCAUGAUUUCAAUGAAGAACAUGCUGUAGAUUUUUCUGUAAAUGAGCUUGAUCAAUGAAUAUGUGUGCUACUGAGCUUUAACUAAUGUGAUCUUCCACUGUAGACAGUCAUUGUUAUCGAUCAAAUAUAGGUACUAAACUAUGUUUAAAUGGAUAAACAGGGAUUUUACAGUUUUGAAAGCAAUGAAGAUAUGGCUGUUCCUCAGCCCAUCUGCUUGCCAUUCAGAAGAGUUGUGAUGCAGUGCUUCCUAUGCUAUAGAAUUAUUUUUCAGCUUUCAAUGACUGUAGCAUGAUUCCUUUUUGUACUGUACUGUGUACAGACUUCCCAUGUUUUGCACUUUUCUAUGGCAAACCUUGACUGCUUUAUAAAUACUCUAUUGUGUAGUAAGUAGUGAUAGUAGUAGCAGGCAUUUGUGUGCUGCGUAAUCAGUUUGGACUGCUCGACUUGCGAGGUUCACUUGGGCUAAUGUUGUGUGUUGCUGGUUGCUUGUUGUAGCUCACAUGUAAGUACUGUUCAAACUACAAAGUCAGCCCUCAUUGCACAAUGAAAAAAAAUCACUGUGAUCUGUACAUAAACCCUAGUAAAACUUUAUUGCUGUUUAAUUUAAUGUAAUAUCUGUCAAAUCUGGAUUCAUUUAAUAAACCUUUAUAUCUUUUCAAAUGUUUAAA